CCUCCUUCUCUCUUCCCAACCCAUCAUCCACCUCUCUUCGAUACCCCCCUCAAAGAGACGCAUUGAGAGUUCCAGUGAUUGAAAUAAAUCGCUGCUUCUCCUCCUUCGUCACGUUUUAUACUUCUCUUCAACUACAGCUUGUUGUCGAGAUUUCCUGCGCGGGGUGAAAAUCUUCUAAACCCCGCUUUCAUAUCAAACCGAUUUUUGUGUACAAAGUCAGCGCCGCUGCAAAACCGCCAAAAUGGUCAACUUCACCAUCGAUGAGAUUCGCCAGCUUAUGGACAAGCCUACCAAUGUCCGUAACAUGUCCGUCAUUGCCCACGUCGAUCACGGCAAGUCUACUCUUACCGACUCUCUGCUCGCCAAGGCCGGUAUCAUUUCUACCGCCAAGGCCGGAGAUGCUCGAGCGACCGAUACCCGUGCCGAUGAGCAGGAGCGUGGUAUCACCAUCAAGUCUACUGCCAUUUCCCUGUACGGUACCAUUGAUGAGGAAGACAUCAAGGACGUUGUCGGCCAGAAGACCGAUGGCAACCACUUCUUGAUCAACCUUAUUGACUCCCCCGGUCACGUUGAUUUCUCUUCUGAAGUCACUGCUGCCCUCCGUGUUACUGACGGUGCCCUCGUCGUCGUCGACACCGUCGAAGGUGUCUGUGUCCAGACCGAGACUGUCUUGCGUCAGGCUCUUGGUGAGCGCAUUAAGCCCGUUGUUGUCAUCAACAAGGUCGACCGUGCUCUCCUCGAACUCCAGGUCUCCAAGGAGGACCUUUACCAGUCCUUCUCCCGUACCAUUGAGUCCGUCAACGUCGUCAUCUCCACCUACUUUGACAAGUCUCUUGGUGACGUCCAGGUCUACCCCUACAAGGGUACCGUCGCUUUCGGUUCCGGUCUUCACGGCUGGGCCUUCACUGUCCGUCAGUUCGCCGUCCGUUACGCCAAGAAGUUCGGUGUGGACAAGGACAAGAUGAUGGAGCGUCUCUGGGGCGACAACUACUUCAACCCCCACACCAAGAAGUGGACCAAGAACGGUACCUACGAGGGCAAGCCCCUUGAGCGUGCCUUCAACCAGUUCAUCUUGGACCCCAUCUUCAAGAUCUUCGCUGCUGUCAUGAACUUCAAGAACGAAGACAUUGACACCCUCCUUGAGAAGCUCCAGCUCAAGAUCUCCAACGAGGAUCGCCAGAAGGACGGCAAGCAGCUCCUCAAGGUUGUUCUCCGCACUUUCCUCCCCGCUGCUGACUCUCUCUUGGAGAUGAUGAUUCUCCACCUCCCCUCUCCCGUCACUGCCCAGAAGUACCGUGCCGAGACUCUCUACGAGGGUCCCAUGGACGAUGCUGCUGCCAUUGGUAUCCGUGACUGUGACCCCAAGGGUCCUCUCAUGCUUUACGUCUCCAAGAUGGUUCCCACCUCCGAUAAGGGACGUUUCUACGCCUUCGGUCGUGUCUUCUCCGGUACCGUCCGCUCCGGUCUCAAGGUCCGCAUUCAGGGCCCCAACUACGUUCCCGGCAAGAAGGAGGAUCUCUUCAUCAAGGCUGUUCAGCGUACCGUCCUCAUGAUGGGUGGCAAGGUCGAGGCUAUCGAGGAUAUGCCCGCUGGUAACAUUGUCGGUCUUGUCGGCAUUGACCAGUUCUUGCUCAAGUCUGGUACCCUCACCACUGACGAGACUGCCCACAACCUCAAGGUCAUGAAGUUCUCCGUCUCCCCCGUCGUCCAGCGCUCCGUUCAGGUCAAGAACGGUUCCGAUCUUCCCAAGCUCGUCGAAGGUCUUAAGCGUCUCUCUAAGUCCGAUCCUUGCGUCUUGACUUUCACCUCUCCCUCUGGUGAGCACGUCGUCGCCGGUGCCGGUGAGCUGCAUCUCGAGAUUUGCUUGAAGGAUCUUGAGGAGGACCACGCCGGUAUCCCUCUCAUCAUCUCCGACCCCGUCGUCCAGUACCGUGAGACUGUUGCCGGCAAGUCCAGCAUGACUGCCCUCUCCAAGUCCCCCAACAAGCACAACCGUAUCUACAUGGUUGCUGAGCCCAUCGAUGAGGAGCUCUCUCUCGCCAUUGAGGCUGGCCGCGUUGCCGCCCGUGACGACCCCAAGACCCGUGCCCGUCUCCUUGCUGACGAGUUCGGCUGGGAUGUCACUGAUGGCCAGAAGAUCUGGUGCUUCGGUCCCGACGGCACUGGUGCCAACGUCCUCGUUGACCAGACCCGUGCUGUUCAGUACCUCAACGAAACCAAGGAUUCUUUCGUUUCCGGUUUCCAGUGGGCUUCUCGUGAGGGUCCCGUUGCUGAGGAGCCUAUGCGCUCUAUCCGCUUCAACCUCAUGGAUGUUACCCUCCACGCUGAUGCCAUUCACCGUGGUACCGGUCAGAUCAUGCCUACUUCUCGUCGUGCUAUGUACGCCUCCGUCCUCUUGGCCGACCCUGCUCUUCUCGAGCCCGUCUACCUCGUCGAGAUUCAGGUUCCCGAGCAGGCCAUGGGUGGUGUCUACGGUGUCCUUACCCGCCGUCGUGGUCACGUCUUCAACGAGGAGCAGCGCAUGGGCACUCCUCUGUUCAACAUCAAGGCUUACCUCCCCGUCCUCGAGUCUUUCGGUUUCAACGCCGAUCUCCGUGCCGCCACCUCUGGCCAGGCCUUCCCCCAGUCCGUCUUCGAUCACUGGCAGGUCCUUCCCGGUGGUUCUCCUCUGGACCCCUCCACCAAGACUGGUGCCAUUGUCCAGGAGCUCCGCAAGCGCAAGGGUAUCAAGGUCGAGGUUCCCGGCUACGAGAACUACUACGACAAGCUGUAAAUGGCUUCCUUGGCCAUCGCCUAAUCUAGUAUCUACACUCGCAUGGGCACAUGUCUUGACGUGGUUGCUGUUAAAUUGUUUGGAAUCCUUUAAGGAUUGGUAUUCUUUGGGGCAAAACUCAGGGGAUACCCGAAGUAUGAAAAGAAGAGCCAAGGGAUCCUGCAUUGGGGCCAAACAUGAUGGAAGGAACCGUCACACUUGGCAGUUGGUUUUGUUUUCUUUGUAGUUAUGUCGCCUCCGAUGAAUUGAAAUACAUCAGAAUGAAAAAGAAAUAAAUCUUGUGACUUCG